AUGCCUUUGACAAUUCACCACCUGGGCCGCUCCCAAUCCGAGCGCAUUGUCUGGCUCGCUGAAGAGCUCGGCAUCGAAUACAAAUAUGUCUUCCACAAGCGCGACCCCAUCUUCUCCCCUCAAUCCAUCAAAGACCUCCACCCCGCCGGAACUGCACCCGUGAUCGAGGAUGACAGCUCGCCUUUCACGAAGAACAAGGUCGUCCUCGCCGAAUCCGGCGCCAUCAUCGACUACAUCAUUGCCGCGUACGGCGAAGGCCGUCUCUCCCGCACCCCGAAGGACGGUGAAGAGUACGUCCACUUCCUGGAAUGGUACCACUGGGCGAAUGCCUCUCUCCAGCCCGCCCUGUUCCGCGUUCUGAUGACCCGACGCCUGAGCAACGACCCGGAGGCAGUGCACGUCAAAGUGGGCACUGCGAAGCUGGAGCGGGCGCUCUCGAUGAUCGAGAAUCGUCUCGGCGAAACCGGAUCCUAUCUGGCCGGGAAUGACGUCAGUGCGGCGGAUAUCAUGGCGAUCUGCACUCUGACGACGAUGCGAGGAUUCUGUCCCAUUGACUUCGAUGAGCAGAAGCAUAAGAAUAUUCUGGCAUAUUUGAAGCGGGUCGGGGAUCGUCCGGCUUACCAGCGGGCUAUGAAGAUUUGCGAGGGAGAGGACUUUGUGCCGAUGUUGGGCCCCAAGGCUGUGCAGUUCAGUUUCCCCUAUUAG